AUGCGCAACCCUAACGGCAUUCGCAUCCUGCUUCUCCUCAUACCGCCCCUUCUCUUCCUCUUCGGCCUCGCCGCCCUGACCAACAUCCUCGAGCGCAUAUCCAAAAACUACUUCAACGACGGUCUCGGUCGCGACAUACGCAGCGGCGCUUCCCAGAUAACUUUGUCCCGCCCCGGCUCGAACGACACCACCGUGACCGUUGACACCAACAACGCGCCCACGAUCACCAUACUCGCGUUAUGCCUGCUAGGAUAUCUAGUCAGUCUGCUCAGCGCAGCGGGAAUAUGGCAAUUGAGAAGGACAGAGGGCACAGCGGGACAUGAGAGAAUGUGGACGUGGAUCAUCUUCGUUAGCAACGUUGUUAUGGUGGGUGCUAGUCUGGGUGUCUUUGGAUACGUCACCUCUGUCCAAAGUAGCGACAAAAGCUGGCAGAGCUACGAAGACGUUGGACAGGACGACCAAGAGCACACGAGAGAGACGUGGGCAUGUCAGAUCGACAAGUUCUUCCCCGGGGAAGAUUGGGCAGGAACGGCAUGUGGAACUGCGAAGGCGAUGAGGUUCAUGGUGAUCGCCCUGGCUGUCGCUGCUCUAUCAGUCUUUGUCAGUUUGUGGGUUCUUGUACGGGCGAGAGGAGGGGUUAAGUGGGCGUUUGGAGGCAAGGGGAGAUAUGCGGCGUUUGCGAGUGUGUAUGAGAUGCAGCCGCCUGGUCAGCCGUCGCCUUAUACUGGACUACAAGGACAGCAGUGGGUUCAGCAGCCGGGGCAGCAAUGGAUGGGUCGGCCGGGACAGCAAUGGGCGGGUCAGCCGACACAACAGCAGUGGGCGCCGCAACCUUACCAGCAGUGGGGUCCGCAGCCGGUUCAGCAAUGGGGCCCUCAGCUUGUUCCUCAACAGCCUGUCGCUCAGGUGCCGAAGUCAGAUGGUACUGUAGGGCAACGUGCGGUCUUCGGAUGA